AUGUCCAAUAGAUACAACUUUAUCACUCCUGCCACCGUCAGGAUACUAUUAGUGCCUAUAAAUGGUUGUUCUCUACGCGACUACAACAAUUACAUCAAUCUAAUUACCUCAAGCGUGACUGAUUUACGACUACUUGAUCUCAAAGGCAACGCUAAUUUGCAUUUCUUCAAUCCCGCUACAUUUCCAGAUGGACGAAUAAUACCUGAAUUCACAACCACUGACGAUGAUCUGAUAUACUUGCACGAAUUUGAACCAUUUAGAAAAACUUUUAUAGUUUUGGGAAUAGGUGGGUACCGAAAUGAUAGCGAGCAUUUGACCCAUUUGAAAAAGUUAUACCCAGGUGCAAUUGUUCAUAGUACAAUUCAAUUCGACGCACCUGAGUCAAUGAUAUCUAAAUCAACCGCAGAUUCUUAUUUUCACAAUGGUACAUCCACCCACUUUUCUGCAAUCGAGGGUAUCUUUUCAGAAAUACUUGAUUCUUUUUUGAUUGCAUUAGAUGAAUAUGCAUCAGCAUAUAGUAACAUUUCACUACGAUCACCAGUAUCUAUUACAGAUAGUCAUGUGCUUACCAAAACCAUAAAUCAAGCCCAGAAACGACUAAGUUCAGGAUCAACGUCGUUCAGAGCAUCAUUCAAUGGCAUGCCUACGGAUACGCCAAGUACACCCAAGACAUCAACAACUGACAAAUCUAAAACGCACACGAAAUAUACUGGGAGAUAUUUAAAAUUGAUGGGGAAUCUAUAUUUAUUAACAGGGAAGUAUACCGACGCAUUACACAGCUUCACUGAAAGCAUCACCACUUUGAGAAGAUUUGACGAUUUUCUCUGGUUGGGAAGCGCUUUGGAAGGGUUAGCACUAAGUAUAUUUUUGCUUUCCUUUGUACAAGCGAACUUUCAGUUGAACCCCAUGCUUGGAUCAUGGUUGCAAAUUUCUAAAUCUUCAGUCUCGAUAGACCACUCUGCAUCAAAACGUUCAUCAGUGGAAUCAAAUGGAUCUAGGGCAACUGUUGUAUCACCAAGGCCAUCGUUGACCGCAUCGACUGCAUUCCCCAUAGGACUAACAUCAUCGGUCGACUUGAAUACGUUGCCGGUUCCGGAAAUGUUGAAAGUGUUGCUAACCAAAGCUAUUUAUUUCUACGGGCAGAGCACUGAUGAUCCCGAAAAUAUGGUGCCGGAUGUAGUGUACAUUGAGUGCAUCUUGAGGAAAUUGACGCUAAUGAUUGGAUACCAUUUAAGUGCCCCAUUGGAGGAGAUUGUUUACGGAAAGAUUACCUCAGACAAAGUUGACAACACUUUUUUUCUGACUCAAGAUAUUCUUGCCGACGUUGACAAAAUUUUUCUUCUUCAAUUGAUUGACUUGAACCUCUUGGACCAGUGUCAUAUUUAUUCAUACGUUGCUCAUGUGUAUCACAAGCUAAAGUUUUUCAGAAAAGAGGCAUUUAUUUUGAGAUUCCAUUUGAUCGCGUUGGUCUCGCAAUCAAAGAAAUCGCAUGAUUCAAAGUCAAUUAAGGAGCUCUUGGCUGACUUGUUUGACUUAUACGAUAUUGGGAGUGAACCGGAUGUGUCUUUUUUGCAGCUGUUGCCUUCGAAGAAAACCGUGGAGUUGUCGUUACAGCUACAAGUUUUGAAAUUAGCUCUUAAUUCAGCAGAGCACAUCAACGAUAUGGAACUAGCACUCAACAUUUGCUGUCUUCUGCUUGCUCGUUACUCUCACUGUAUACCUGCUGAAGGACAGAUAAGAUUACGAAACAUGAUUGAGAAGAUAACUAAUCAAUCACUGUUAACUGUACCACACUUUGACCCAUUUAUGGUUCGCAAGGUCAAAUUUGUCUCAACUAGACAAAAAGAUCAUUUGAUUCCAUUUGUUGAAAGUGAGGCUGAAUCAUCCAAGCAAUCAUUUUUUGAUCCCUAUCAUUUAAAAAACGACACAGUGAAUUUGGAUCGGAUUUUGAUCAAAGAUGAGAUUCAUCAGCUUAAGAUUACGUUGCAUAAUCCUUUUGCCUUUGAAAUUGAAAUCAAUGAUUUAGAGGUGAUAAGCGAAGGCGCACAAGUUGAAACGUUGAAGCCUAUGACACAACAAGUAAUCCCUCUGGCACAGAGUUCACCUGCACUCAAUAAAUUAAGAUCCAAUACCAAACGCAAUGCCACCACAUCAAAUGUCGCUCAGAUAACAGGGCAAAACACAAACAUUGCAACUAUAUCUCCCAUGUCCAGCUCCACCAUUGUUGUCUCUUUUAAAGUAUUGAGUAUGGGUGAAAUGAAAAUCACCGGGUUUACGAUCUCGGUUGCUGGUUGUGAAAAGCAACAAUUCCCGAUUGUUGAUAAGCUUUGCUCCACCAAUGGUCUCAAACUUGUCAGUGAGCUAGAUGACGACCAUGUCGCUCACCCCAAUUCCUUCGUCUUUGAUACCCUUUACAAAUAUUUGAAAGGCGAGUUGAAAGAUCCCCGAGUAAUGUACCGCAGUUUGCCCUUAAGUGUGAUCCGACCCCAACCCGUAUUAAAAUUAGUUAAUCUUUCAAUUCCUAAUGGGUGCAUCAUGCUUUUGGAGGGAGAGCAAGUUGAGUUCGAGGUCAAGUUGAUAAACGACUCAUCUGAAGAGAUUAACUAUUUAUCGUUUUCAUUCUGGGAUUCAGCAAUCGAUUUCUUGGAUCGUAAAUUGAGCCAACCUCAUUUGAAUGCAUUUGAAAUCUAUGACUUAGAGUGGAGCUUAUUAAACUUCAAAUCGUUUCGAAUAUUGAACAAAAACAUCAUUGGUGAGACAAUCAAACCUGGGGAAGAAGUGUCAAUUCAAUACUUGUUAACAAGUAGGAAAUUGAUGAGACAACUGAAAAUUGUAUUGGAUUAUGCUAAUCGAUCAAACAAGCAAUCCUUCGUAAAACAUUUAGAUGUGCCCAUUGCUGUCUCAGUUGUUCCAAGUUUGGAGGUUGUCGGGUGCGAUAUCAUUUCUCCAUUCUCUUCUGCAACAUUGGAGAAUGAUGAUUUGCCUGUUGCUAUAGCGUGUGUUGCCAAUUAUUUAAAGAGAGUUGAAGAUGUUUCACAAUAUUGUUUGUUGGUUUUGGAUUUAAGAAACUCCUGGACUAGUGCAUUGCAUUGCAAUUUAAAAUUCCAUGAUUUUAAGUUACUGGACUUGAUCGAGUCAAACAAAACAGCAAGAUAUUUCAUACCGGUAAGGAAAGUUUCCAAAGUACCACAAGAUCCUAUACCUUCGUUACGAAAGAAGCAAUUUAUCAAAGACUAUGAUAUUACCGCUGAGGAAGAGUCUCAGAUGAUCAAAAUGUUUUGGUUGAAACAGAUCAUUUUGGAGAAGUUGACUGGAAGUUGGACAGUUGAUGAUAGACACGGGUUGUUGGAUUUGAGGAGUUUGAGGUUCUCACCAAAGAUGGCAAGUAUUCUCAUCAUUAAUGAAGUGGAGGUAGAAACCGCAAUUGCUCUCGAUGGAGAGGAUUUCAAACCUGGUCGAAUACAAAACCUUCAAGUUGACCAAUUUUAUACAAUGCGGACGACAAUAACCAAUCACACCGACCAUGAGAUUAGUGGGUUCGUACGGCAAUUACCUUUGCCAGCGACAACUUCUCCUGCCGCAAACUUGGCCAAACUGCUCUCAAUUGAAAAGAAGAUCUUGAUCAAUGGUGUUUUGCAGCAGAAAUUCCCCACGAUGGCACCACUGGACAGCAUACAUAUAGACACAAGCUUUGUCAUUCUAGAGAAGGGCGAGUACGAAUGGGGAACAGUGGUUGACCUAAUGACAGAGCAGUGCAUAAGCAAGAAUCCCUCACAUAUCACAGCAACCUAG